AUCUGCAGAUUGUUUACAGCAAAUGUUUGUUGUUUCUUGUCAGGGACGAUCAAAGGAUCUUUCACUCUGGCUUCGAGCCCGAAGAGCCAGAGGUCAAAGGUCGUGACCUUCCAUCUUGGAUGAACUCACCUGCCGCUCAAUCUGGUGAGGGCAAACCAUGCCAUAAGUGUGGAGGUUUGUAUCCUGCAUCUCGUAUGAACAUACACAUCUUGGAUUGCCGAGGGAAACGUGAUUCAACAUCAGUCAGCUCAUCACCAAGUCCUGCAACGCUCCUGAAACGCAGCGCCAACGCUCUAGUCCACGGACACCCUGGUGAUUCAUCCACUAAGAGACACAUUGGUGGAGCUGCUGGAGGAGUUACUACGGCGAUGGAUGGUGCAAUGGGGUAUGAGAUGGGGAUGGAUGGUAGGGAGGAAGAUGUGUGUACUCCAAGGAGAGGAGGGCGAGGGAGUAAGCGUGGUGCUACCGGUAGGACGGUCAGAGGGAGGGGUCGGAAUAACGAUGGUCAAUCAGGUUCUGCUUCCACCCCUGGACGAGGGAGUGGUCAGGGUAGGGCAAGAGGCCGGGGGAGGGGGAGAGGCAGAGGAGGUGCUAAAGCUGUGACAAAGAAAGGAAAGAUGCCUACUUCAGUAGAAUUUAUUGAUGCAUCCUUUAGUUCCGAUGAUGAAGAUGAUCGUGCCACGCCCUCAACCUCUGGUAGAGGAAGGGGGCAGAGAGGAGGGCGGGGUCAGCCCAGGGGUAGGGGAAGAGGAAGGGGUCGAGGAAGGAAUUCACCUUCUACUGACUUACCCAACCCAUGGACUAACUACUCCCCCACUAGAUCUGAUGUCACAGACGAUGAGCUAGACAUCUCACAUGAUCCCGAGCCACGGAUGACUUUUGACCUGGUCCCCUGUCCGAUAUGCAUGCAGAAGUUUCCUCAGUACAGUAUAGAGACCCAUGCUGCGUUCUGUGGGGAGUCUGGAGGGAUGCCCGGUGGGGGGCCUGGCGGGGUGGGGUUGGGAGGGUUUGGGGCGCUCGGUGGAGGCUUUCUAAGGGAUGUUGAAGCAGCUAUUUGGGUUGAUUGAUGAAUGUGAGCUAUCCUCAGAAUGGGGAAAGAGACAAGUUUGCAUCU